AUCCAAAUUGAAAUUUUACGAAAAGGUCGAAACUUUCUUCAGCUAAGCCCGUGUUUCAUCUUCUCUGCAACUCACCGGUUCGCCGGAAAAUAAAUCGCCGUCGCCGGAGUUAACACUAACGAACCCAAACUUCUUCAAACUACUCUCUUUAAUUAUUCUUCUGCUGAGUUUCAAAACUCAGCCAUGGGUAAUUGCAUCGCCUGCGUCAAGUUUGACCAAGAAAACUCAAAACCAAACCAGAAGAAGAAGACUCCACGACCACGGAAAACUAACUUCUACGAAGAUCCCGAUGGUUUAAGAUCUCACGCACCGUUACGUGUGAUUCCUAUGAGCCAUCAAUCUCAGAUCAGCGACAAGUAUAUCCUCGGACGAGAACUCGGUCGCGGCGAAUUCGGAAUCACCUAUCUUUGUACAGAUAGAGAGACUCGUGAAGCUUUAGCUUGCAAAUCAAUCUCCAAGAGAAAGCUCCGAACCGCCGUUGACGUGGAAGACGUCCGCCGUGAGGUCACGAUCAUGUCAACUCUCCCGGAACAUCCAAACGUUGUGAAACUCAAAGCGACUUAUGAGGACAACGAGAACGUGCAUCUGGUGAUGGAGCUUUGUGAAGGAGGUGAGCUUUUUGAUCGGAUUGUUGCAAGAGGACAUUAUACAGAGCGUGCGGCGGCUACCGUCGCGAGAACGAUCGCGGAGGUUGUGAGGAUGUGUCAUGUCAAUGGUGUUAUGCAUAGAGAUUUGAAGCCUGAGAAUUUCUUGUUUGCUAACAAGAAGGAGAAUUCUGCACUUAAGGCUAUUGAUUUUGGUUUAUCUGUGCUUUUUAAACCUGGAGAGAGGUUUACAGAGAUUGUAGGAAGUCCUUAUUAUAUGGCUCCAGAAGUGUUGAAGAGAAAUUAUGGACCAGAGGUUGAUGUGUGGAGUGCUGGAGUUAUCCUCUAUAUCUUGCUCUGUGGUGUUCCUCCGUUUUGGGCAGAGACUGAACAAGGUGUGGCUCUUGCAAUCUUGAGGGGAGUUCUUGAUUUUAAGAGAGAUCCUUGGUCACAGAUAUCAGAGAGCGCAAAGAGCCUUGUUAAGCAGAUGUUGGAACCUGAUGCCACUAAGCGUUUGACUGCUCAGCAAGUUCUUGAUCACCCUUGGAUACAGAAUGCUAAGAAAGCUCCAAAUGUUCCUUUAGGGGAUAUUGUUAGGUCAAGGUUGAAGCAAUUCUCCAUGAUGAAUAGAUUGAAAAAGAAAGCUCUGCGCGUAAUUGCUGAGCACUUGUCUCUUCAAGAAGUUGAAGUGAUCAGAAACAUGUUUACACUGAUGGAUGAUGACAACGAUGGUAAAAUAUCAUAUCUAGAACUCAGAGCUGGACUCCGGAAAGUCGGGUCACAACUGGGUGAACCAGAGAUCAAAUUGUUGAUGGAAGUGGCGGAUGUUAACGGAAAUGGAUGCCUGGACUAUGGAGAGUUUGUAGCAGUGAUAAUUCACUUGCAGAAGAUGGAGAAUGAUGAACAUUUCAGACAAGCUUUUAUGUUCUUUGACAAAGAUGGAAGUGGAUACAUUGAAUCAGAAGAACUACGUGAAGCUUUAACCGAUGAGUUAGGUGAACCAGACAACAGCGUUAUAAUCGAUAUAAUGCGUGAAGUCGACACUGACAAGGACGGACGAAUAAACUAUGAUGAGUUUGUGGUGAUGAUGAAAGCUGGAACUGAUUGGAGAAAGGCGUCAAGACAAUACUCAAGAGAAAGGUUUAAGAGCUUAAGCUUAAACUUGAUGAAAGAUGGGUCAAUGCAUCUACACGACGCACUCACUGGACAAUCUAUUGCAGUUUGAUCUUUACACUUGUUUAUUACCAAAACAGAAGCAAUCUGAUGGCUGCUUUUUUACACGUUCAAGAAGGUUUUUUUC